CCGCACUUGAGUGACAAAAUCCCACUCAUAUACUACGACGACAACAGUAUAUAACAACCAUAAACAUAGCCAAAUCAAGACCCUCCUCUCCUCCGGAAAACUCCCAGUUUAGUUUUCUCUUUAGUUCGGCCUGUUUUUCAGAGUAGAAAGCUUGGUCUUUGUAUCUGUGUUAUUGUUAACUAAGCAGAAAUGAGCUACCCUGCUCCAGGUUAUAAUCAAGGACCCCCACCAUAUCAAGGACAGCCACAAUAUCAAACACCCCCACCUCCAGUGACGGCACCGCCAUAUCAAAGACCCGAGGAAACUGGUUUCCUUGAGGGAUGUCUAGCGGCUUUAUGUUGCUGUUUCCUUUUUGAAGAGUGUUGCAGCGACGACCCUGCACCACCUCCUCCUCCAAUUAAUAAUAAUUAUUAUCAGGAGCAGAGCUUUAAUGUUGAGCAGAACUUUUAGGGGCCGGUCCAGUACUAAAAAAAAGUACAACAUGACCAAUUGCGGCACAAGUUGUCUUUUUUUUUUGGCACUAGACUUUUUCAAUUGUAGUGUAAUGCUUGAGCGUGUUCUUAUUGGAUCACCAUGCGUGCUUAUGUUUUCAAUUUUUUUUCUUUGGUGAGCAAAACUUAUGCUUUUACGUUUUAGUUAGUUCUUGUCUAUCUUCAUCAUUGUGGUGGAGUACUUCUCAGACUGUAUUCAUCAAUUUUAGCUUUUAUCUGGAUUGUUGGGUUGCUAUUUUUUC